AUGCUGAAGUCAAAAAUAACUGCUAAAAGAACUUGCAAUGCUAUCAGUGUUAAAUUAAAGAAAGAAAUUUGUGAAUAUAUGAUGGUUCAUCAAAAUAAAGAUAAAUGGCUGAAUUUAGUUUCUGAUACAAUUGGAUUAGACAAAUUUUGUCAGUGUUCAACAAGAUUUCCUGAAUUUGAUAAAGCAAUGCAAAUAUGGACUGCACAAAUGGUUUCUGCCAGAAUGCCUUUAAGUGAUUUAAUUUUACAAAGAAAGGGGGGAUUUGCAAGAGGAUUAAAUAUUGAAAACCAAAUAAAAUGUGCAAAUGGUUGGAUAUAUAAAUUCAAAAAAAGAAAUGGUUUACAUAAAAUUAAAUAUUCUGGUGAGGCUAAUAGUGCUCCACUCCAAAUUCUUCCUGAAGAACGUUCAAAAUUGCGAUUUAUUUUAAGUCAAUAUAAUGAAGAUAUCUAUAAUGCUGAUGAGAUGGGAAUUUUCUUUAGGAUGCUACCCAACCAAACAUUAAGUACUGGCCCAAUUUCAGGAUAUAAAAAAGUAAAUUUAUUGAUUCAUUAG